AUGUUCAGUCAAUCGCAAUUCCAAGGACAAGUCGAAGACAGAAAAGAAGGAAGAAGAUGGCGACUAUUUCACGCCACAGAUUUUCAAUCCUUGAUGUAUCCCUGCUUCAUGUUUUGUCGCAUUCUCGGAAUAUUUCCGUACAGAAUUAACGCUUCAUCUUAUGAAACUUCUCAGCCAUAUUACAUCUUGUGGACUGUUGUUAUGUGCGUCAUUUGCUUCUGCACGUUAUUAACAGUCCAAGUGGUCAACAAUUCUGUCUUGUUUGAGGGUAGAAGCUUACGCAGAACUUUUGAGAUUAACGCCUUUUAUAUAUUUAGUGGUUUUAUAGUGGUCUUUACAUACGUUUGGGAUCGACCACGAAUACGUUUACUUCAGACUAUACUGAAUAUCUCUUCCGGAUUGCCGUUGGAAACAUAUCGGAAACAGUCUAUGCUGAUCCACGCCAAGGACAUAAUCGGUUUUAUUUUCAUACUUAUACAAGGAUCAUUCAAUUUGCUCUACUUGGAAUAUCCUCCUUUUGUCAAGGUGUUUUCAAUGUACAUCACUAUGUUCGUGCUUCAGAUAGAUAUGCUAUACAUGAAUUGCAUUUGUGUAUUGAAGGCUUGUUUGAAGAGGGUCAAUGAUAGUUUGGUAAAUCUGCUCGUAAUGAAAGAUAAGCCAUAUUCAUUUCGAUGCAUCUACUAUCAGCAGAAAAAUUUUUUCUUGUUGAUGGAGCUUAAAGCUCUAAAGAAACAAUAUUUGAUAGUCAACGACACAGUACGGAUGCUAAAUAUAAUAUUCAGUUUGCAUCUUCUUGCUAGUACGGUCGUAACCUUCGCUAGAAUUACUUUCUUCUUGUAUUAUUGUAUAGUAUUGUGGCAAGAUAUCUUAUAUUUUCAAUUAACUACUUUACAAAAACAGUCCAGUUACAUAUUUUUCAUCACAUCUAUACUGUUUUAUUUUAUAAAAACAGCACUGUUAGUGUGGGCAUGCGAGACUGGCAAAAAUCAAGCCAAUAAGAUUGACGUUACUAUUCACGAUGCACUCAACAACAGUAAUGACGAACAAAUUAAAGAUGAAUUGCAGCUAUUUUCUUUGCAAAUAUUACAUAAUAAACGACGAAAUAUAUUCUGUGCGAAGGGUCUCAAUAUGGAUGCGCCGCUUUUUGCUGCUGUGAGUGAUCAAUUAUUCGCCUUUAUUAAUUUAAUUCAUAUUGCAUAUGAUUUUGCUUUUAGUUAA